UUAAAUUUUUUCUCAGGCAAAUUUACUUGCUAUCUCUUUCGUUUUGUGUCACGCUAACUCCUGCUGCACAAAAUGGGCAUGUACAGCUACCAGUAGAUAGUUUUUGUAUAUAUUUUUAAAUAGCUUAUGCUUGCCUACACCUUUGAAGAAAAUUAAUAUUUUUCAUUGUGCGCCAUAUUGUAGUUUUAUUUAUGUCUUCGCUACGCCUGCAAUGUUGUUUAACCACCAUUAAACAUUUUCCCAUUCCAAAGCGUUCUCCUCCUUGGAACAUUUAACAUAAUACUUACGUAUGUAUGCGUGCACUCUCACCACGCUCUAUGGUUUACUCAUCAAUUUGUUAUACCCGGUCGCGUCAGUCCUGCUGCAUAUUGGUUCUUGAUUUUUUUUUUUUUUUUUACAAAAUUGUAUUUGUUAAAGUUAAUGUUCUUUGGUGUUGUCUCUCAGCAAUGUCUCGGUUAUGCUGCCACAUGUGUGCGCCGCGCCUGUUCUCUGGUUGGUAGCUGGUUAACAGGCAGGCUGUGUCGGUUUGCCUGCCGGCCUGCUUUCCUUUUUAUUUUUCCUUAAAAUAUUACUUUAUUUUUGUUGUUUUUGCUGUUGAAAAAAUGCUAAAGUACAGUGUUCGAAAUUUUGCGCUACACUUUAGUAAUUGUAGUUGUCAUUGUUGUUUUUGUUGUUAUAAUUGCUGUUGCCACUGUGCGGUGUAGUGUUGCUGUUACCGACGCUGCCGCAGUCGUCGCUGUCACUGUUGUUAAACUUCUGCUUUAUUUCUUUGUCUUUUGGCCUUUUCUGUUUAAUGCAAAAAAGGAAUUCCUACUUGCGCACGGAUUUUUCAAUAAAUUUGCUGCAAAAAGUUUCUGUCUUAAGAAUGUGAAAAAUAAGAAAUUUUCAUACAAAAAGAUUAAUCAUAAAAAUGCGCGAAAAGCUGCUUGGAAGAACUGUGAGCUUGAAGUUUCCGAUCAAGAAUAUUUCGCAUCUACAGUGGUUAAUGCACCAUUCUCUAAAAAACUUUGAAAGUGUUACUCUUCAUCAACGCUUAGAAAUAUUAGCGCUUCCGUAAGACUCCGUUAGACUUCCCUACAGCCAAAAACACGGCACUUCUGAUUGAAAAAGUGAUAUAUUAAUAUAUAACGAAGUUUUUCUUAGAAUCAUCAAUUUCUUACGGCAACAGAAUUAUUUCACCUCCAGCUAACGAAAGCCUGUACCUGACUCUGAACGCCCGGUUUGCCUACCAACGGCACCGCCACGAUGAACGCGUCUCAGCGUCAGGAGUUUUGUGUGCGCUGGAACAGCCAUUUGGGUAGUAUCGGUGCCGCAUUUCCUCAACUGUUGGCCGGUCAGCGUUUUGUUGAUGUGACCUUAGCAUGUGAGGGGCAUCAAGUGCAUUGUCAUCGACUCGUCUUGGCCGCAUGUUCAUCCUAUUUUGAUAGCAUCUUGGCUGAGAAUCCUUGUAAACAUCCAGUCAUCAUAUUACCCAGUGAAAUAAAGCUGUGGGAGAUUCAGGCGCUUGUCGACUUUAUGUACAAAGGUGAGGUGAAUGUCACACAAGCCGGUUUACCGCAACUACUGCGUUGUGCCGAACAGUUGCGCAUUCGCGGUCUUUAUGGGUCCGAUGCCGCAUUGAAUUUGAAUCAGCUGAAAGCGCUUACGAAUAAAGCGGCUGCAGCAGCUGCUGCCGCGACGCAACAACAACAGGCGGAUGGCAUUGAGACCGACACAGAUACCGCUACUAAUUCGACAACAACAACGACAGCAACAGCAGCAAGCGCACUACAGCAGUUACAUGCUGGUGGGGGAAUGUCAGCGGCUAUGAUGGCGCAAGAGCUGCAGCAACAAAAGUAUCAGCAACAACCAACAUUUAUGAUUAAAAAGGAGCCUAUACAACAGGAUAUGGAACAUGAACAACAAAUGGAACAGCUGCAGCAACAACAAUUGUUACAACAACAAAGCAACGGAAGCCUCGCGCACAACGCCAUGCAACAAAAUCAUCUUGAACACCAGCAACAGCUCGUGCAUCAGCAACAACUACAGCUACAGGCACAGCAACAACAGCAACAACAACAACAACAUCAACAACAACAACGUGUGCCGCAAGCAACAUUAGCUCAUGUGGCCAAUGCCGCUGCGGCCAUGGCUGCCGCCAGCGCAACGACAAAUUCGAAUGCCAACAGCGAAGAUGACGAUUCGGGCGAUGAUUCCAAUUCCAAUCAGGCUUAUGAAGAACGCAAUAAAUAUAGAAUGCAGCAAAAAGUAGCAGCCAAUAAUAUGAAAGCGACACAAGCGCCCGCUGGUGCGCAUUUGGACUCCACCAUAGAAGAUGAUCACAACUAUGUGGCCGCACACGAUGAGGAUAGCAGCUACUGCGCCAGCGCGGAUACUGAACACGAAAGCUCAGCCAAUGCAUCAUUACUCAACAUGCUGGCGGCGCAGGCGAACAGCGGUGCUGCUAAUACCGGCGAAAUGUCCGGUUCUCUAAAACGUGUGCGCCGCUCCGAGGCAUCACUGGCUCAAGCAGCAAAGUGCGUUUCAAAAGGACAAACCUUCCAAACGGUCAGCAACAUGUUUAACAUACCAGUUUCGACAAUACGCUUCUACAUGGCGCGAAAGGGUAUAUUGCCACGUCGUAAGCGCGGACGUGGCGCCUCAUCAGCUGUGAGUAGCGUGACCGCCGGUAGCGGCGGCAUAAUGACGGCCACGGCGGCAGCAACUAUGGCGCAAGCGUUAUCGCAAAUGAAGCGCGCCGAAAGUCCGAGUGGCUUUCCAGCUCAUCAGUUGGUGAGUGGCGCCAGUGUUGGCGGCAAGGCGCACAUUUAAUUCAAACGCAGCAACGAAGAUAAGCAGCGCGGGACACAUGUUAAACUUGUAAAGUUUAGCAGUAAGCAUUCAAAAGCUCUCAACGGUUACGAGUGAGAUUACAACUACACGUACACUUAAGCGCCGUACGGUGAAAAAAACACAAAAAAUACUCUCUUAAGCUAAGUAUGUAUGUGUAAUGAAAUAUACCGGAAACGCCAAUUUACUUAAGUAAUUAUAUUAUAUGAUUUAAAAUUUAAUCAUUCUUAAAGUUCAAUUCUACGUAAGUCAUUCUUGCACGUUAAGUUGUACAAAGUAUUGUUUUAAUUUCCUACAUUCAUAAUUACCGGCAGCUAUGUACAUAUAUGCAAUUUAUAUAUUUUUUUUUUCAAAUUUCAUAAAUGUCAUCAUACACUGUUUACAUGUUCGUAUUUGUUGUGCUGCGCGCAAAAUGAUUCAGAAAGUUUUAUUUUUUAUACCUUGCAUUAUUAUUCAAUGAUUUUACAUUAAAGAAAUUCAAAGCAGCUGUAUCACAUUUUACGUGAAACUUUUAAGUCAUAGGCUGAGCAACAAAAUAUACAUACAUUCAAGAACAUUUUCUAUAAAAAAAAUGCCAAAUAUGCAUUUUAUAUUAAUAAAA